AUUCCUCUUUUUUAAGCUGCGCAUUUCGGUGGCCUUCUACUUUGGCCGGGUUUACGGGCCAAGUUAACAUCUGGUUUCUUUCGUAUUUCCCGUUCCCUGAACCCUGGGGACUGACUGAUUGCGAUUGGUGCCGUCCGUGCGUUUUCUGUUAUUCUUCUUCUCGUGUGGUUGGAAAGGAGGAAAGGCGGCCCAUCGCUCGCUCGAUCGGGUCUGAUUGGGGCGCGUUGUUUGUAUCGACGGGGAAUUUUUAUUCGCCAAUUUGUUCCUGUUGCGCGGGCGAUUUGUUGGAAUGUAGGAUGGGGCUAAAAUCGCGGCGGGCAUUUCGAUCGGGUUCGUCCCCGUUUUAUUCCCGCAACCCUAGAAUUCGCAUGAUCCUUAACGUACCAGAACAACAUUGGCUUUGCACUGCAGUUGGGUGCGGGAAGGAGAGGGUCGAUGAUAUGGAUUUUGAUUGAUUUAUUGGGGAUUUGGAAAUGUUGGAGAUUCGUCCUAGAGAUGAUACCUGGACGAUUUUUUUUUGUUUGGAUUUUUUUUUUCAAUACAAGUUUUACCUUGGCUUUUGUUUCAUUUUCCAUCAAUUACUAAUUCAGUUUCACGUUCUGUUACGUACUAGCUUCUGUUAUUGUUAGUUCCUUCAAAUCCCGUGAUUCUGUGCCUUUUCUGUUUUUGGCAGUUUAUUAACCUAUUUUUCAGUCGAAUAUGUAGUAGGAUGAUACUCGGUAUUAUUUUAUUUUCAUGUACUACCAUAUAGGUGGUACUUUGAGAAUCACGUUUGAAUUGUUGAUCCGUCCGUCGGUGGCUUGGCGUGCUAUCGCUGGUAUAAGUGGAUUCACCUUCCAGCAAAGGCAAUAUAUGUGACUACCAGUAACUUUAUUUUCUGCUACAAUGGAAAAGAUUUUUUGAUCCUCCUAUAAGCUUUUCGGUUGUAUGAUGGACCUCAAGACCUAACCUAUAUGCGGCGUUUGAAUAUGUAGGAUUCACCAAACUGAAGCUAUAUAGUAUUGAAAAUGUUGUUUGUCUUUGCUGGCAUGCCUGGUUGUACAUGUGGAAAUGUUGAAGUCUGUUUGUUCUAGCUUUAUCAGUCGAAUAUCUGAUAUGGAUGAAACCAUGGGAAGGAGAACAGUUGGCGGCCUUCUCGUCACCAAAGGAGGCUCAAUUCUUGUUUUCAGGGAUGAAAGCCCACGCCACAAGGAUAACACUUGCUGUACGCGCCUUGGAUGUAGCAGCAAACUUUUCCCUGACAAAUGUAGGAAAAUGCACAGGGCAGGCAAUGAAGAAGCGACUCCCCGGAGACCGCAUGUUUUUGGCAACUCCAAUAGGGUGCUCCCUGAAGGAAGAAUGGAGUAUGCCAGCACCAGAAGGAAUGCUGCAAGUACCUGCAGUGAAACUGGCAAUACACCAAGAAGAGAAACUGGUGGGAGGGAUCUACUGGCUCGUCUGAAAGAAAAGGUCAAUGUGUCGAGGAAGCGUUCGGUUAGUGGAGGGACUAGACCACAAUCAGCAAUGGCAUCAAGUACUGGUUCCACAAGUAACAGUAGAUUGGCUCCAAGGACAAGAAAGAAUGGCAGGAACCGGGAUGCUGUCAAUAUGUGUAGAGUUACCAGCGGAAAUUCUGUAGAAGAUGUGGAGAAAAGCGAUGAUGAGCAACCUGCAGGCAGUUUUCUUUCUCGAAGGUUGUUCAGACAUGGAAGUAGACUUCAGGGUGGUCGGUUGUCUUACUUGGAGGGCAAUUUGGCUGAUUCCAAUGAAUAUUGGAGAUUCGGUAUGGAUGAAAGCGAUGAGAUGGAAGAUUAUGUAUUUAGUGAUCAGCAUAGAGGAAUGAGAAUGGACAUUGAGGACAUGUCUUAUGAGGAAUUGCUUGCUCUCGGGGACAGAAUUGGUACUGUAAGCACUGGCCUUUCGGAUGAUGUACUGUCAGAUUCUCUGAAGAGAAUCCUCUAUGUGCGCACAACUUCAGCAAGUCAUGAAGAUGGUGACAUCAAAUGCAUCAUAUGCCAGGAGGAGUAUUCCUCUGGUGAGGAGGUGGCCAAGAUAGUAUGCAAUCACUACUAUCAUGUUACCUGCAUCCAACAUUGGCUCCGGCAAAAGAACUGGUGCCCAAUCUGCAAAAUGAUCGCUUCAGCUACCAACUUACUGUGUAAUUGACAGAACGAAAGACAGAUCCAUUGUGCUUACAUAGACUUCUUUGCAUUUUUGUACUCUAGAGUCUAGACUGAAUCAUUUUUUCAAUCUAUCUCUCAAAACUUGUUUGGUCUUCUACUCUCUUUUACGCACGGUCACAAGAAGCAAAUGAAGCCAAAAUAAGUCUGAAUACAAUAUUUUUUGCUAGUUUUGCUGUUGAAUGCAUAAACCUUUUGUCUCUA